UCCCUAUUCCCUUUAUCUUUACCCAGCAAACAACAAAAACAAUAUCAGCAAUCCACUGGCGGCGUACAACGCUGUACAACAGAUGCACAACAGCGAACAACAUACAACACCAGCAACAAUAACGCACAACAGCUUCAACCAAACGAACCUCUCUCUCCAACGUCUGAAUUUUGCAGACCUUGAGCUUUGUUAUUUGACUUUUAUUCAAAGAUAGUGUGCUUCUUGCUCCAAAAUCUCAUUCAAAUCAGAAAGUGUCAGUCCAAAUCCGAAUUGGAGGGAUGCUUCCAUUUGGGGGGAGGGGUUUGGAGAGGAACUCUUUUUGGGGAAAAAAUUGAAGGUUUUGAAGGCGCCUGCCUUUAACCUUACGUAACCAAAAGGUCCGAAAAAGAAAGGCUCGACAAGUCGGAAUUUUAACUCCGGUGGUGAAGUCAUUGUCGACUCGUUGUCCCAUGUUUGUUGCCCCAAAAAAGAUACUGUCAGGUUGUCCGGCUUUGGAAACUCUGGAGUUGUGUGCAUUUGAUGGUUUUCGUCGUCUAGAAAUCACUUCUUCGAAUUUAAAGAGAUUAACGUUAGAUCGCUACUGGUGGUUUUAUGGUCGAGCUGAUGAACCUUUGGUAAUUAUCGCCCCGCAUCUUCAGCAUUUGGAGUUUUUAGGAGAUUUUGAAUAUCUCAAGUGUAGGCUGGUAAAUGUCUCUUCUUUGGUUUCUGCCAGACUUACUCUUAAUUGUACAUGUGUGACUGAGAUCGCGGGGGCUGACGAGGUAGAUGGUUGUGCUGAUUAUCAUCAAGACUUUAGAAAACUUGUUCUCGACUAUUUUCAAAAACUAAGUAAUGCAACUGAGCUAACGAUUGGACGUUGGUUAGCAGAGGUUGUGUUCAUGUUGCAACUCAAAGGAGUGUCACUACCAAAAUUGAGAUGCAGAUGUUUAACUUUAGAGAUGUAUGUGACAAAGUAUAAUUUGUAUGGAGUAGCUAGCCUUUUGCAGAACUUGCCUCUUUUGGAGACACUCAACAUAGACUUGAGAGCUCGGGCCGUAAUUUCCCUCAAUUUAUUCUUUGCUUUUAACAUCUUUGAUUUUAUACAUUUUAAGACCUCCCCACCCCGGAAAGGGAGACUUGGAGUAACUGUUAAAGUUGCUGCCAUGUGUGGAAACAACCUCAUGCAGAAACGUAAUGUGAGGUUGUGUGCGAUAGACCCUUGUGGUCCGGCCCUUCCCUGUAUUCUGUACAUAGCGAGAGCUUUAGUGCAACAGGCUGCCCUUUUUUUGUUAAGAUCUCCCGACUCCCAACCUGACUAGUCCAAAUAUUUUCUUAAGGAGGACGGAAAUAUAUCUUUAAUUAUCAUUAAGAGAUCUUUUGUCACUAUAAAGCUUUAAAUCAAUUUUGUCGGGGUAGUUGUUUUCUGUCUGGUAAAUGGGCUUAGACAAGAAUGGUGACAAACCUAAAGUAUUAGGUGCGUGAGUAUUCCGGUUUUUUGAGUUUCCUAACGUAUCUGGUGUGUGAGUUCCUACCUGAACUAUCGCCAACCAUUUAGCAAUACGCACCUAUACUAUUAAUUCUUCACUUUUCGGACCUGUAAAUUUAGGUAUGAAACCCAAACAAUAAAUAGUUUAGGUGUGGCGUGCUAAAUUGUUGAUGGUAGUUCAAGUAGGAAACUCAUACACCUGAUAGUUCAAGUAUGAAACUCAAAAAAGGGAAUACUUUAGAUGUGGUUUUGACCAUUAACUCUUUACUUUUUAACUAGUGCUUGAGCAUAUCAGUUAUUGUAGUCAGUUGACUCAGUUCUGAGAACUCUUCAAUGUUUGUGGCUUCUAAAAGUAAUUCUAUAUUAGACCCUAUUGCAGUGUACUUUCUUUUUCUUAUUUUUUGUUUUAUGUGGUAUAUUCUCAUUUCUGCUGAGGACCUGCAUUUGAUUCUGAUAUAUUAUCUACUACAGUUGAAUGAUUUCCGUUGCCAACUUGAGCUACGUUAUUUGGCCAAAGGAGGUUCCAUCAAUUUGCAGAGUUGGAUUUCGAACAUUGUGUUUCCCAUUCUCAAGAAUGUACCUGCAUAGUGGAAUGUAGAACAAGGUGGUUUGGAGGGGGCAAUGAUAAACUUUUCAAACUUUCAGAGUUUCUACUAAAGAAUGCUAUGCAUUUAGAGUAGUUUGUCAUCAUAUCAAAGAGGAGGAUCUGCAGUGAAUGUUCAGAGAGCUGUGUCUCCCAGUAUUUAUCACGAUUGGCUAAGAAAUUGUUAGACAGCCCAAGAUCAUCUAAAAAGUUUGUGAUUAUUUUUCAGGAGUCUGCUUUGGAAUGACUAGACUAGAAGUUUUGUUUCAGCAUACUAGAAAUGUCACCUUAUAUUGUAGCUUUUGAAUUUUGAUUUACAACUGAUGUAAUUUUGAACUUGUGGAGUUCCAAUUGAUAUUGCUGCUUGGUUUCUCA